AUGUCUCAAUCUUCCGGUUCUGCUCAGAUAAAAAACAAAGCUGCUGAUGCUGUGAAAACUAGAUCCAAAUCGAAGAAAGAAGAAGCAACUGUUGUGAUAGAUGCAACACUCACAUUAAGCAUCCCAGCAACCGUCUCAAAGAAGAAGAAAUCGACCAAAUCAACUGCAAAAGUAAGUGAAUCGUCUCCUUCUGUUUCUAUUAAGUCUGGUAAAUCUAAGAAGAAGAAACCUCAGUCUCCCGUUAAAAAGGGUUUGAACAUGUCUGAUUUAUAUUUGAGCAAAAACCCGUUUGAAACUGCGAAUGUGGAAUCACAUGAUGCUGCCUCCGGCAAAACUGCGAAUGUUGAGUCGUCUGGUAAGGCUACCAAGGAGAGUUCUAAGUUUGAAUCUGAAAAGGUUGAUAAGGAAACCCCCUCUGAACACGAUAACCCUAUUUCUGGUGAAACCCCAGGAAAAUCCAAAACUAUUGCUGAGAAGUUUGUUGAAGUUAGUAAACCUAGUGUCUUUGAGAAUAUGGCAAUACCCACUGAUGCCACAACUGAUGUUGCUGAUAAAUCUAAGGAGAAAACAGACUGUAAUCCUGAUGCUCCAAAAGAUGUUGAGCCACCCACAGUUUUGACUGAUGCUGCAAAGGAUGUUGAAGCAUCCAAAGAAGGUUCCAGUCCAAAUACUGACACUGCCACUGAGUCGUUUGGCAGUGGUUCUGAUACUGAGGCUUCCACUGAAGAGGAAGUAAAUAAAGAUGAAGGUACUCCUAAAAAUGUGGCUAAUUCUGAGCCAGAGAAUGAAGUUGUUGAGAACUCUAAGAAGACCACCAAUGAAGAACAGACCAUGGUGGAUCUAGAUGAAGUUCCCUCGGAAGAAGAUCUGCAACCUCCACCUACUCAGAAAGGUAUUGGUAGAAGACUUAGAAGCAGGACAACAACACCUGCACAUGCUGCUGUUACUACCCCUGUUGUUACCAAGAAAACCAAGGACACUGCAUUGAAGCCUGUCAACUUUGGUCCUAAGAAAGGAUGGAGCAAGCCUGUGCCUCCUCCUGAGAAGAAGAAAAGUGUGCUGAAAAGGAAGAGUGCACCAUCAAGUGACUCUGAUUUUGAAGCUGAAAGGGAUGACUCAAGCAUCAAGCCUCCUGCAAAGAAGGCUAUGUCUGCUAAGAAGGCAAUGCCUCAAGCUGCUAUCCCUGUCAUGGAAGACUUUCCCUGUGACAAUGUCUCCUUUUAUCUUCCCUCCUAUGCUCAAAGGUGGGGCAUCGUCUGCAAGAGAAGAUUGGCCUUGGAAAGGGAAUUAGGCAAGGACAUCCUAGAAUGUGAAGAGGUUGUCAACUUGAUCAACGAUGCUGGGUUGAUCAAGACUGUGUGGGGUUUAGGCUCUUGUUAUGAGAAGCUGGUAAGGGAGUUUAUAGUCAACAUUCCAAUAGGCUGUGACAAUCCCUUAGACAAAGAAUUUCAGAAGGUGUUUGUCCAAGGAAAAUGUGUGGAAUUCUCUCCAAGCAUAAUCAAUAAAGCCUUGGGUAAUUCUGAUGAACCUCAUCCUGACUUUGAGGUGUCUGACAAUGUUGUCUGCAAGACCAUCACAACCAACAAGGUGAAGACUUGGCCAAAGAAGGAGAAGGUACCUGCUGUGAAGCUAACCCAAAAGUAUGCCAUCCUGAAUCGCAUUGCCUCUGUGAACUGGGUUCCCACAACGCACGCCUCUGAUAUUGCAACAAGCUUGGGUAAGCUCAUUUAUAUGAUUGGUACUGGUACUAAAAUUAAUGUUGGUCAGUAUAUCUUUAAUCAAGUUGUGCAGCAUGCUAAGACCUCAGUCACCAAGCAACCUAUUGCUUUUCCAACGUUGCUCUGUGAUAUCAUAUUUUCUCAACAUCCUAGCAUAAGGCAUGAGGGUGAGUCUGCUAAGAAAAGGGCAACUCCUCUAGCCAUUCAUCAGAAGUUGUACAGUAAACAGCAUGCUCCAGAUAUUGUUGGAUCAUCCAAUGCUGCUGCUGACACUCCCAUGACAAGGAAGGAGAUUAUAGCUAUGCUGGAAGCAAACUGCAAGGAGCUGGAUGAAAAGAAGCUGCAAUUUGAAAGGAUGAUUCAUGCUCUCAGGGUUGAAGAGGCUGCAGCUCAAGCAGCUGAUGCAGAUGAUGAUGGUACGAGUGCUGAAGAAGAAGCCGAGUCAGAUGCUGAAGAGGAAGGAAGUGACUCCUCAGAAAGUUCCUCUGUGUAA